AACCGAACACCUCUUCACCUCCUCACUUCACCUUUUUAGCGGCUUCAACUCUUGUAUUUCUAGUAGUGUGUAUCUUUCAACAUGUCUCGACAUAGAGAUGUACGGAAUAUUAAUGUAGCGGGUAAGAUGUUUCAAGCCCUUGGGAAUGAAACGCGGCUAAUUUCACAUUCGCAUUCAGAUGAAUUGGACGACGGUGCUGUCUCGGACGGCGGCGAAGAGGAUCUCUCGCCCCAGGAAUACGAACAACUCAUGUCCGGCCUCGACCACAUUCGCGCAACCGUUGGCUCCCAGGAACAAUCUGGGCUAUCCGAUAAAGAGAUCAAGGAUACCUUGUACCACUAUUUCUUCAAUGUCGAGCAGAGCAUAAACUACCUACUCGAGGCACAAACACGGAAAAUCGCAGCGCGAGAACGCAAAGCUGCCAAAGAACGAGAAAAAGCUGAGAAGUUGGCGCAACAGAAGAAAGCCGCAGAAGCGUCUGCCAAGCUACCACCAGCAAAACCCAAAAAAGCCACCGGCGCGAAACUGUCUGGUGCCUCGACACCUGUGCGAAGCACAGAUAUCAGGCAAUUGGAUCUCGCCGGUCUCAAUCUAGAUGAUGAAACAGUACUCCCCAUUGACGAGCCUCCGCCCAAGAUUACAGUGGCUAGAGAAAAGGUCCUAGAGGAGGCGCGCAAACAAUUAGAAGGAAAUGCGGACAAGAAGACCGUCAGUCUUGUCGUUAUCGGCCAUGUUGAUGCUGGUAAAUCCACUCUAAUGGGCAGGUUGCUCUAUGAGCUCGGGAGAGUGGACGACAAGACUCGCAAAGCCCACGAAAGAGCAAGCAGCAAGAUAGGCAAGAGCAGCUUUAGCUGGGCCUGGGAGCUUGAUGGUACAACUGAGGAGCGAGAAAGAGGGAUAACCAUGGACAUCGCACUUCAGUCAUUCGCCACACCUCGGCGUCAGAUCACAAUCUUGGACGCACCAGGUCAUAGAGACUUCAUUCCUAACAUGAUUUCAGGAGCAUCUCAGGCGGACUGUGCGCUACUCGUAGUGGACGCCGCCGUUGGCGAGUUCGAAGCUGGAUUUGAACGGGGUGGUCAAACGAGGGAGCACUUACUUCUUGUCCGGAGUCUCGGUGUCAGUCAAGUUGUCAUUGCGAUCAACAAAUUAGACCAGGUACAAUGGUCGCAAGCUCGUUACAAGGAGAUAUGUAAACUCCUAAGGCCUUUCUUAAUCCAAUCGGGCUUCCAUCCCUCGAAGACCAAGUUUGUUCCUGUAGGUGCAAUGGCUGGCGUCAAUCUGGUCGCUCGGGACGGUGAUGAAGCGCAAGCUCUGAAUGCUUGGUACAGCGGUCCCACUUUGUGCGACCUGUUAGAUGAGCUGGAACCUCCUACGCGAGAUCUCGAUGCACCUUUACGCUUUCCGGUAGCGAAUGUUUUCAGAACACCUUCUUCGGUCAUUGCAGUAUCUGGUCGAGUCUGCGGUGGCUUGGUGCAAGUCGGCGAGCGACUCAGAAUUGUUCCUGGUGAUGAAACUGCUGUGGUGAAAGCUAUUGAGUCGGAAGAGGAGAGGCUCGAAUGGGCUGCUGCGGGAUCAAACGUAACUUUGCAUCUGACAGCUGUUGAUCCAAGGCAUAUUACCAUUGGCAGUGUGUUAUGUCCCCCAACCGACGUGGUACCUUUGGUCACCAGCUUCACUGCUCGCAUCAUCGUCUUUGAUAUCCAAGUGCCGAUAACUGCAGGGACAUCGGUGGAGCUUUUCCAUCAUUCUCGGGAUGUUCCCGCUUCAAUAUCCAAGCUUCUUGCAACGCUGGAUCGAGCAUCUGGUACAGUGCUACGAAAGAAUCCUCGAGUUCUGGCGAAAAGCAUGUCGGCCGAGGUGCAAAUUACACUUCGCAGCACAACCGUUUCUGGCCCUACAGCCCGAGCACAACCGAUCCCCUUAGAGCCAUUCUCUGUCAACAAGGAAAUGGGGAGGAUUCUCAUUCGUCGUGGAGGAGAGACAAUAGGAGCCGGUAUCGUAACCGAAUUGAACUGAGUCUCUGAGCUCAUCCUGAUCCUGGAUUGUAAUAAGAACAUCGUGUAAGAAAUAUUGCACGAUAAUUGUAUCAUGUAGUCAGUUGUGAUCUUCUUGUGGAAUACAGCACAAGAAAUGUGAACCCUUCCUACAUUGAGUAUCCGGCAUGUCCUGUAAGUAUCAUAGAUCAUAAAGGAAACCGGCGUGCCCUAUCAAUUGAGUGACAGGUCCGGCAUUCUACCGUAUGUACCGUAUACUUACCUACCUGCCUUAUUCGUCUCGUCGCU